AACAUGUCAGAAAGCAAAAACAUCAUCAUCACCGGCGCAGGUGGUAUGAUUGGUCCCAUGCUUGCGAAGCGACUUUUAAAUGACGGUCACAAGCUGGUCUUGACCGAUCUCGUACAACCAAAAGUGCCUGAAGGUGUCGCGCAUCCUGAAAAUGCAAAAUGCAUGAAGGGUGACAUUUGCGACCCUUCGUUUGUCAAGUCGCUCAUUGAAGCUGCGCAACCGUUGGACGCCAUCUUCAUUUUCCACGGAAUCAUGUCCGCAGGUUCGGAAGCGAAUUUCGAUUUGUCGAUGAAAGUCAAUGUGCAAAGUGUUCGCGACUUGCUUCUUGCCCUCAGCCAAAGCAACCCCGGCGUCCGAGUCGUCUACUCGAGUUCUCAAGCAGUUUACGGCCAACCCCUGCCCAAGGUCAUCACCGAUUCCACCAUGCCGACCCCUGAGGGUACUUAUGGAGCACACAAAUUCGCGACAGAGAUCAUCAUCAACGACAUGAAUCGCAAAGGCUACGUCGACGCCUUCAGUGUUCGGUUCCCCACUGUCAUUGUACGACCAGGUGCCCCCAGCAACGCUGCCCCGUCCUUCUUAUCAGGCAUGAUUCGAGAGCCUAUGAAGGGAGAGGAGUGUGUGAUACCUCUUGUCGACCGCUCCUACCGCACAUACGUCUGCUCGCCGAGCAGCACAAUCGAGAACCUUGUUCGCGUGCUGGAUUUGCCAAGUGACGCACUUCCUUCGCAUCAGAGACACAUCAUGUUCCCUGGUGUUUCAACAACCAUACAAGAGAUGAUGGAUGCAUUGGAAAAGUAUGGAGGUGCCGACAAAUUGAAGCUGUUGAAAGAGGAGACGAACCCAACAUUCGAAAGAAUUCUUCGAAGCUGGCCUGAAGACUUCGACCCCAGCACGCCAGAUAGACUUGGCCUGCUAAGAGAUGAGAAAGUGGAGGACUUGAUCAAGGAGUACAUU